AUGACUAUCACUGUCAUUCUCGGGGCCCAAUGGGGUGACGAAGGCAAGGGCAAGCUGGUUGAUAUCCAGUCCCGGGAGGCGCAACUCUGUUGCCGAGCUGCUGGCGGAUCUAAUGCAGCGCUGACCGGUAGGACGGUUUCAGGUCACUUGAUCAAGGUGGACGGAGUCUCCUACAGUUUUCACCUCUUGCCCUCCGGCCUCAUGAACCCGAACUGCAAGAACUUCAUCGGCUCCGGUGUGGUCUUUCACAUCCCAACCUUCUUCAAGGAGCUCAAGGAGCUUGAAGAGAAGGGCCUGACCGCGGUAUACGACCGAAUCCUUGUUUCUGACAGGGUCAAUGUCCUCUUGGACAUGCACAUGGCAGUGGAUGGUCUUGAAGAAAUGGAGCUUGGAGGUUUGUCCCAUGGUUCCGAUGCUCUCUCCAAGGAGAAGCAGCUAAUGAAAACCUCAGACGAAGCUAUUGGAACAACAAAACGCGGUACUGUACCCUCGAAACUUCAUGGUGGAUUGUUCCUUUCUGCUGGUUUCGCCCCUUUACAAGCACUCCCAUAUAUGAACAGCAGAGGUAUUGGCCCAUGCUACCAAACAAGCAGAGCGCGAACUGGCAUUAAAUUAACCGACAUCUUCCAUCCCGAAAUUUUCGAAAAGAAGGUGAAGCGCUUAGCUGAUGGCUAUCAAAAGCGCUUUGGAGAACUGUUCCAGUACGACAUAAAAGCUGAGCUUGCUCGUUUUGAGGAGUAUAGGACGACGAUGAAGAAAUACGUCAUUGACGGCGUGUCCUUCAUGACAUCCGCACAGCAGAGCGACACGAAAAUUGUGAUCGAAGGCGCAAACGCACUGAUGUUGGAUGUUGAUUAUGGCUCGUACCCAUUCGUUACUUCCUCAAGUACCACGCUUGCUGGCAUCAUUGGUGGACUUACCCUAAACCCGAAGAAUAUUACCGAGACGGUUGGAGUAGUCAAGGCUUACACCACCCGUGUCGGUUGUGGUGCCUUUAAGACCGAAGAUACGGAAGAGAUUGGCACCAAACUUCAGGAGAUUGGACGCGAAUGGGGCACGUCGACCGGCCGCAGACGCCGAUGUGGAUGGCUCGACCUUGUUGUUGUCAAAUACAGCAACUCAAUCAACUACUACACCAGCCUUAAUCUGACAAAGCUCGACGUUUUGGACACUUUCGAAACGAUUAAGAUUGCGAUCGCUUAUAAGGUCGACGGGGAGGAAUUGGACUCUUACCCUGCGGAUCUUGACAUCUUGGAACGAGCUGAGGUGGUUUACCAUGAGAUGCCAGGGUGGCAAACGCCGAUUACCAACGCGAAGACUUACGACGAUCUGCCCAAGAAGGCUCGCGAUUACGUGGAGUACAUCGAGAAGUUUGUGGGAGUCAAGAUCAAGUACAUUGGCACCGGUCCCGAGCGUGAGGCCAUGAUCCAGCGCGCCUGA